AUUUCUAUCUGGGCGAAAUGCGUGGUAGUAGAUCCUCAUCUGGCUGGUUUCUGUGGGUUCUACUUGUUAUUCAUUUCAAGCCACCAAAUAUUUGCUAAAUGUGAUGUGCUAUAGCCUAAGUGGUCGGUAUCUGAUUAUGUCGUUGAGCAAUCCCCUCCAUGCUAUCAUAUGCAGUGGUCGUCUAAAGACCAGGCGACCCUUGUAGAGAGACAUAAUACGGCGGCAUCGAAGGAUCAAACAACCGGCUGCAAGUUAAACGCUUAUAAAAUGUACGAGCAAUGCAAAUUAGCGUCUUCUGUUCCUGUCUAGUCUCGCUUUUUGCCAUCACAACCUCAUCCGGCCCCUCGUUGGUAUGCGGAUCGCUCCACUAUAUAGAAAAGCGCAACCCGGGGAGCGUGCGCCACCCGCCAGAAACGCCUACGCCGCUGGAAACAAGCUGUUCCCACAUCCCAGCUCUGUGGGGGUGUCAUCUAUGCCGACUGGAGGGGUCAUCGGCAAGUAGGCCGCUGCUCACUUCGACACAUUCCAAUGCAUAGACCAGGUUUCAGUCACAGUGGGCCUUCGCAGGAUGCCCAACUAGCGCCAACAUGCAACCAGUGACUUAUGCCUGAUGUUGCUGGAUCAGAUGCUCUCGAGUUGGCCAUUCUCGGAGGACAUUCCCACAUAGAGGUGCAUCUACUCGCAAUCGGAGCUAAAACACCAGACGAUUUCUAUGGGUUUGACGCUUUAUUUGGACAAUGAAUAUGGGGACAAUUAUUGGUCAUAUCCAGAGCCUAGAAAACAAACUAGUGGGGAGAGGAACAAACAUUCAUGCACAGGCGGCGGUCUCUAUAUAAUUUCACUACUACCGUUGGCGCUCAUGUAAAUAUGUGUAAAGUGGCUUUGGUGACAAAUAAAUAAAUCUGGCCAAUAUCAAAUAGUCCGAUUACUUAAUAGAUUCGUCUAAUAACAAGUCUUUAGAGAGGCAAUAUUUGACCAACCUGUUGAUAAUGUCGGUUAUAAUCCUAG